UUGAAGGAAGCCCGGGGGGCGCCAUUGAGGAAGUUGUGAGAGUCGCCGCUUCCCUUCGCUCCCCGGGGUCGCGAGAGUCCUGCCACCAUGCCUAUCCGUGCCCUGUGCACGAUUUGCUCCGACUUCUUCGACCAUUCCCGCGACGUGGCCGCCAUCCACUGCGGCCACACGUUUCACCUGCAGUGCCUUAUACAGUGGUUCGAGACAGCACCAAGUCGAACCUGCCCACAGUGCCGAAUCCAGGUUGGCAAAAAAACUAUUAUCAAGAAGCUCUUCUUUGACUUUGCUCCAGAGGAGGAGAAUACCCUGGAUGCAGAAUUUUUAAAGAAUGAACUGGACAAUAUCAGAGCCCAGCUUUCUCAGAAAGAGAAAGAGAAACGAAACAGUCAGGCUAUCAUCGACACUCUGCGAGACACCCUGGAAGAGCGCAACGCCGUGGUGGAAUCUCUGCAGAAGGCCUUAGACAAGUCUGAGAUGCUUUGCUCCACUUUCAGAAAGCAGAUGAAAUACUUGGAGCAGCAGCAAGAUGAAACCAAACAAGCACGGGAGGAGGCCCGUCAACUCAAGAACAAAAUGAAGAACAUGGAGCAGAUUGAGCUCCUACUCCAAAGUCAGAGGCCUGAGGUGGAGGAGAUGAUCCGACACAUGGGUGUGGGGCAGUCAGCGGUGGAGCAGCUGUCUAUGUACUGCGUGUCCCUCAAGAAAGAGUAUGAGAACCUGAAGGAAGCACGGAAAGCCUCAGGGGAGCUGGCUGACAAGCUGAAGAAGGACUUGACCUCCGCCAGAAACAAGUUACAGACGGUCUAUUCUGAAUUGGAUCAGACCAAGUUAGAACUGACGUCAACCCAGAAGGACUUAGAGAAUGCUGACAAGGAAAUUACGAGUCUAAAAAAGAAGCUAAGGAUGUUACAAGAAACCUUGAAACUGCCACCAGGAGCCAAGGAGACUGUCAACCGCCUGGUUUUAGAGAGCCCAGCUCCACAGAUGCAGAAACUGAAGCUCCGACCGCCAUCCUCCAGUGACGACAUUGACCUCAACGCGACCUUUGAUGUGGAGACCCCUCCAGCCCAGCCCUCCAGCUUCCAGCAUGGCCACCCCAAGCAGCUCUGCCUGGAGAGGGCGCAGUCUCCCAUGCAGGAUGUCUUCGAGAAAAUGCCCAAAAGUUCCAAGCAGGAAUCCCAACUCUCCCUGGGUGGCCAGCAAUGUGCAGGAGAGCCAGAUGAGGAGCUCGCUGGUGUAUUCCCCCGCUUCAUCCAGAACGCUGUCCUGCGUCACAAACAGCCCAAGAGGACUGUGUCCUGUCGCAGCACCGGUGUGGUAAGAACAGGAUUCGAUGGACUUGGAGGGCGAACAAAAUUCAUACAGCCUACAGAUACAGCCACGAUCCGCCCACUGCCGGUUAAACCCAAGGCCAACUGUAAGCAGAGAGUAAAGAAUAGGACUAUGUAUUCUUCCACCCAGACCAAGUUGGAUACCUUCCUGUGGCAGUGAGAACAGUGAGUGAGUAGUGACAGAUUGAUGCUGCCAACUAGUAGACGAAGAACUAACCAGAAGCUGGGUGCUGGUGGCUCACGCUUAUAAUCCUAGCUACUCAGGAGGCUG